AUGACUCAAGAUGAAGAUAAUCAACGUAUGAAGGUGCCUAAGGUGAAAGAUUGUAUGCUGCCUAUCCUUUUUCCCCAAAGGCUUAAGAAAAAGACAACUAAGUUUGUGGAGAUGCUCAAGAAACUUCAAGUGAUCAUGCCUUUUCCUAAAGUUCUUGCUAAUAUACUUGUCUAUGCAAAGUUCUUGAUAGAAAUAGUGUCUGAUAAAAAGAAGUUAGAAAACUUUGCAGAGGUGUCUCUUACUGAGAAAUACAGUGUAGUGCUACAAAAUCAUCUUCCUAUUAAGAUGAAAGAUCCAGAGAGUUUUACUGUACCUUGUCAAUUGAACAUAUUUUUGUUGAUAAAUGUUUUGCGUUAUCUUGUUGGUAUAGUAGAAGAUCUAUUGGUUAAAGUUGGUAAAUUUUAUUUUCAUGCUAAUUUUCUUGUUCUUGAUAUGAGGGAGGAUAUUUCUAUGCCAAUUAUCCUUGGUAGAGAGUUUUUAGCUACAGGAGGGGCUAAUAUAGACUUAUUAGAAGAGAUAUUGACUAUAAGAGUUGAUUUAUCCAGUGAGAAGUAUGUUAUAAAGCAAGGUUUGGAGUUGAUGCUCGGGCUAAAUCAUUGCCAGUAUUCCUCUUGGAUGGCUUGA